AUGGUCUCCAUAAGGAGCACAAAGACGGCGCUGCUCUACGACUCAUCGUGUCAUUCAAAACGACUCCAAAGUACGGACUGGCUAAGUAGCUGUUCCGGCGUCUCAAGUUCCCAAACCGUUCAGUCAGACACUAUGGUCUCUUCAUCAACACAAUUCAUGGAGAAACUCAAAGGGGUAAGCUUCCAUCCGAAUGAGGUCAUGGUAUAUUUUACAUCCCUUCCUACUUCUCUUUCCCAGGACCUGGCGAUCGAGACAAUUGAGCUGCUACUACAAAGCAAAUACGCUGAAACGGAGAACCGUCUUGGACACGCCCAAGUCCUUCAGCUCCUGAAGCUCUGUAUCAGGACGUACUUCACGUUCGACGGAACAAUCUACGAACAGGUGAAGGGCACACCAAUGGGUUCGCCGAUUUCGGGAUUCAUCGCCGAGGCCAUCCUGCAACGGUUAGAAUUGCUGACCUUCCAUCACCACAGACCGAAGCUCUGGGCCCGGCACGUGGAUGGUACCUUCGUCGUUAUCGACCUGGAUCAACUGCUGACAUUCAAGGAACAUCUGAACGCGGUCUACCCAGACAUACAAUUUACGAUGGAGGAGGAAGAGAAAAGCCCGCUGGCCUUCCUGGAUGUCCUCGUAUGCCGCAAGGAUUGUGGUGGACUAAAGACCAAAGUGUUCAGGAAAGCGACAAAUACGAUGCAAGUACUGAACUUCAACAGCAACCACCCAAUCAGCCACAAACGCCGUUGUGUAAGGACGCUCUAUCGGCGUGUCGAAACGCACUGCGGUGAGCCGGAAGACAAGAUUGCUGAACUGCAAUAUCUCUGA